AUGCGCAGAAGUUAUUUAGCAGUUGCACGUGUAAACUACGAUGUUAUUGUUGCUGAUUGGGGAGAAAUUUCAAAGGAUCUACUUUAUCCCGUCGUUGUUGCCAGACUUCAUAAUGUAGCUGAUCAAAUUUCACAUUAUAUUGAAAUACUGGAACAUACAAUGUCAUUUGAUGUGGAUAAUCUUCAUAUUGUGGGGCAUAGUUUGGGUGCACAUGUUGCUGGUUUUGUUGGAUCUCAUUUUCAUGGUACUAUUCGACGUAUAACAGCAUUGGAUCCAGCAGGACCAUGGUUUCUAAGCGGAGUUCCAGAUGAGUAUAGAAUUGACCGAUCAGAUGCAAAAUUUGUUGAUGUUAUUCAUACUUGUGCUGGUGUUGCGGGCUUAAGAAUGCCAUGUGGACAUGUUGAUUAUUAUGUCAAUCGAGGAACCUGUGAUCAGCCUGGGUGUUUAAUGCCUGGAAUGAAUAUACCAUGUAGUCAUUCAAGAGCAUAUUGGUUGAUGAUUGAAUCUAUAAAAUAUCCGAAAGCAUUCAAAGUAAAGUUUCAAUAUUGCAAUAUAAAUGGAGAAGUCGUGUAUUGUUGUUUAUGUCUUGAUUCAAUGAUAAACAUUUUGACAAUGUGUCAUAAUAAUUAUUGUAAUAAUUAG